CAGAAGAACAUGGCGUUGCUGGUGCGAGUCCUUAGAAACCGGAUUUCCCAGUGGGUUCCAGUAUGCAGCCUAUUGGUACCUGUGUCCUCUACACAGGCACAGUGGGGCAGGGCUCUGUCUGGUACUUUCCAGUGGCCUCAGAUAAGCCAGUCCCUAGCGUGUGGUGGAUCAGAACAGAUUCCUGGGAUAGAUGUACAGUGGAAUAGGAAGUAUCAUACCACAAAUAAGCUUUUUACUACCAAGGAUUCCCCACAGCCUGUUGAGGAGAAAGUUGGUACCUUCACAAAAAUAAUAGAAGCCAUGGGAUUUACAGGACCUUUGAAAUACAGUAAAUGGAAGAUUAAGAUUGCGGCCCUGCGCAUGUAUACUAGCUGUGUGGAGAAAACUGACUUCGAGGAAUUCUUUCUAAGGUGUCAGAUGCCUGAUACAUUCAAUUCAUGGUUUCUUAUAACUCUGCUUCACGUCUGGAUGUGUCUAGUCCGAAUGAAACAGGAAGGCCGGAGUGGGAAAUACAUGUGUCGUAUCAUAGUUCAUUUCAUGUGGGAGGAUGUUGAGCAGCGUGGCAGAGUCAUGGGGGUUAAUUCUUAUAUCCUGAAGAAGAAUAUGAUCCUUAUGACAAACAAUUUCUAUGCAGCCAUCUUGGGAUAUGAUGAGGGAAUCCUUUCAGAUGACCAUGGGCUAGCUGCUGCGCUCUGGAGAACCUUCUUCAACCAGAAAUGUGAAGAUCCUCGACAGCUUGAGUUAUUGGUGGAGUAUGUGAGGAAACAGAUGCAGUACCUGGACUCCAUGAAUGGGGAGGAUCUGCUUCUGACAGGGGAGGUGAGCUGGCGCCCUCUAGUGGAGAAGAAUCCUCAGAGUGUCCUGAAGCCCCAUUCCCCAACUUAUAACGACGAGGGUCUUUGAUGGACUGGUCCCUCUGAACAGCUGGCCAGCUGGCUUUGAAGAACUGCCAGGAGAGAGGUGCUUGUUUGGCCCAGAACCCUGCAGAAAGUGGCCUGAACUGACUUUUGAACAGCAUCUGUCAAAUAUCUGGCCCCAUUUGUGUUGAUUUUCCUUUUAAUAUGCCCAGGAGCCUGAUCUGGUGGGGUACAGUGCUGGGAGAACCCUUAGUUCUUCUGAGAUAUCCUCUCCCUCAAGAGAAGCCCUGAGCAAGAGCUCCCCAGCACACACUCCCCUAAUCCCCUCCAGUAACUAUGUGAUUGACAGCUUUUCCCAAAGGCUGCAGAGGGAUGGUGGUAAGUUAGAAACGGUACACUUCCACCAAGGGCCCACCAUGGCAAAGGAGCAGUUUGGAAUGCUG